AAUGAUCAGAUGGUGUGUUUUGAAGUAAUGUGAUUACUUUUCCUCAUCCUGUGUGUGCUAUUGGUUCUGGCAAGUCACAGGGAGUUUUGUUGUUUUCCACGUUGGAGCAAGUAUGUACGUGCUGUGUGUUUGUGGGAACUGGGGGAGGGAUUGGUUUGAGAUCAGACAAAGACUGAGCUGCUGAUUCCUCCAGUCUUGUUAUUCUGCAAAGCCUGGAAGGAGCAGCAUGGGCCUGGAGCUGUACUUGGAUUUGCACUCACAGCCCUGCCGAGCUGUCUACAUUUUCACCAAGAAGAAUAACAUUGUGUUUGAGUUUAAGCAGGUCGAUCUGUUUGCAGGUCAGCAGUACAGUGAGGACUUUGGCAAAGUGAAUCCCCUCAGACUGGUGCCAGCGCUCAAGGAUGGAGACUUCACCAUGGGAGAGAGUGUGGCGAUUCUCAAAUACCUGGCGUGUAAAUACAAGACACCCGACCACUGGUACCCGGCUGAUCUCCAGAGGCGUGCCCGAGUGGAUGAGUAUCUGGCCUGGCAGCACAUGACCAUUCGAUAUCAGGGAAGCAGGAUUUAUGUGUUCAGGGGCCUGUUGCCAGUUUUAACUGGGCAGCCAGUGCCCAAGGACAGAAUGGACGAGGCUGUACAGGAUCUGCAAACAGCCAUCCAGAUCUUUGAGGACACCUUCCUGCAGGACAGGCCGUACAUCGCAGGACAGGAAGUGUCCCUGGCUGACCUGGUCGCUCUCGUCGCUCUGAUGCAGCCUGUGGGAACAGGACUCGAUCCUCUGGAAGGUCGCCCGAAGCUCAUGGAAUGGCGUGAGCGAGUCACGUGUGACGUGGGGAAGGAGCUGUUCCAUGAGGCCCACGAGAAGCUGAUGAAGGAGAAGGAAUUGUUCAAACUUAUUGACCCAAAAUCUCCUCGGAUGCAGCAGCUUGCAAAAAACCUGCAGAAAGUCUACAAAUGAAGGGCUGGGCUGGUGAGACUGAUGUAAUAUGGUUAAUGUAAUUUCUGCAGUUUCAUGCAUUUAUGCACACACACACACACACACAUACACACACCUACACACACACACACAUAACCCACACACACACACACACACACACACACCUACACACACACACACCUACACACACACUCACUCACACACAUACACACACCUACACACAUACACACACACACAUACACACACUCACUCACACACACACACACACUCUCUUGGUAUGAGUGGAGUAAUUUCUGUACUAAAACUGAGGUUUAAUGAAUAAAAGCUAAAUUAUGAAACUAAUGAUCGACUAGGCCAUAAUGAAGCAUGAACUAGAAGUCACCUCUGUUAUGCCAGGAACAUGGUAACCUUGGGCAAGAAACCAAGGAAUGCUUCAGUUAGACACAGAGGGCAAAAUACAAUGAAAGCUCUUUUUAUGAAGAUAACAAAGGAAUGUACUAAAUAGCAAGAAUUGUAAAAUAAUAUAACAUUUUAAUUAAGGAAAUGGCAAGGAAAAGCGUGAAAUGUUUUAACCAAUGGAAUUGUCAUUAAUGAUUUUUAAUGUAAGAAAAUCCAUAGCGUGAGAUGUUUAAACCAAUGGAAUUAUCACCAAUGUAUUUGAAUGGAAAAAUAAUGUAUAAGUAUUAGUGCUGUAAAAUCUUCCGGCGCGAUUUCCGAAGUCCUUUUUGGAAACUCGCCCGAUCUUCGAAGAUUGAAUAAACAUCUGUUGCUCCGUU